CAUCUGCUGCCACCUGACUGUCAUCACAAUGCAACCUCCCUUUAAAAACUCACCUCCAUCACCCAUCGAGUCGCAUUCAUCCCUCUAACCCUGUUCUUCCUGAGUAACUUUGGCGAAUGAAGAUACUUUAAGGGAGCUCGUGUCAGCGGAGAUGUUGGCAGGUGCGUUAGUUCUGGGCACCAUCCUUACAGCUUUGCCAGGUAUCCAGAGCAGGUGGAGCGUGUCAUUUUCCCGGAGGGAGAUCUGUGUGUGGGCGGGAACAACUGUCACUCUGCCCUGUCGCUAUGACUACCCAUCAGGUCACAACGUAAAGCGGGUCAUGUGGUUCCGUGUGUCUGCAGAGGGUCGGAGGGAGUUCACUUACCACACUGACCCGAACGAGAUCAGCCUGUCGUACCGCGGACGCACACGGUACAUCGGGGGCAGCUACUCCAGCUGCUCAGUGCAGAUUCGGGUGGUGAAGCUGAGUGAUGCAGGCCAGUACCACUUCAGGUUUGAGACAGACCAACCACUGGGGAGAUGGACCUCACCGAACACCAUCACCCUCCAUGUGACAAACCUGCAGGUCCAGGUGCAUCCAGCCAGGCCCAGGAACAUGUUUGGCCUUGCAGAGACUGUGUUUGUAGGCUGCCAGGCGACAGGAUGUGCUGCUCCAGGAAGGAGCCUGGCACUGUACAGGAACGGACUGAACCAGGGCUCCUAUGAGAAAUGGAUGACCAUCAACCGCUUUGACCAGCAGCAUGUUGGAGCGUACACCUGUCGACCAAUCCCACCACAGAACGUGCAGUCCCCGCCCCUCACGCUGGCUCUUGGAUACAGUCCCCGCUACACCUCCAUAGCAGUCUUCCCAGUAGGGGGUCUGUCGGAGGGGGAGUCUGUCACUCUCACCUGCAGUAGUGACGCAGCUCCACCUGUGGAGAGCUUUGCAUGGUUCAAAGACAUGGAGAGUGGCAGCAUCCCGGACAGUUUUCGGCCUCAGCUCCGUCUGUCCCAGGUCAGAUACACCGAUAGAGGAGAGUACUUCUGUGUAGCACGCAACUCCCUGGGAACAGACCGCUCCAACCCUCUUCUACUCAACGUCACUUACUCUCCAAAGAACACGCGUGUGCUGGUGAGUCCUGCAGCAGAUAUCAGAGAGGGCUCCUUUGUGAACCUGAGCUGCGUCUGCCAAGCCCACCCUCCUGCCAGCAGGUAUGCCUGGUAUCGUAUCCUAGGUGACCAGCUGCUGUCUAAAGGAAGCUUCCAGAACCUGACGUUCCCCUCAGUGCGUGCUCACCUCGCUGGUCAGUACUACUGCACGGCGUGGAACCACAUAGGACAUCAGACCUCCCCCGUCGCCACGCUCUCUAUACUCUACCCUCCUAAGAACACUUCAGUUCUGGCUCGUCCCUCCGGUGUGGUGGACGCCGGCCGACCUUUGACCCUGACCUGCAGCAGCCAGGCCAACCCAGCAGUGGACAACUUCACGUGGCACCGCUUAGCUCUGGACGGGGGCCCUGUACAAUCCUGGGGCAGCAGGUCCGGUCCCGUCUUCUCCUUCUCAGAGGUCGGCCCCAGAGAGAGCGGUCAGUACUACUGCGAGGCCAGGAAUCGGAUCGGAGCCCACAGCUCUCCUGUCCUCACUGUGCGGGUCAGAGGUCGUCUUAAGGUCAUCGCCCUGGCGUCAGCAGUAGGGGUGUCUGCUGGACUCAUCACUCUCACUGUGGCCAUUAUGAUCAGUAAGAACAUGCACAGGGUGGACAUGGAGUCAGGAGAAGUAGCAAACAAGGCUUUAUUUAUCCAAUAA